AUGCCUUCUAACAUCCAGAAUGACAAUUCCCCUCAGCCCCAACCACUCUGCCCGCACAAUCCAGGAAACACAGGCUGGCAAGAACGUCUAGCCAAGUGGAACGCAGAAGGUGGUCGCUAUAGAAACCUAGAUGCCACUACACCCGCUAACAGUGACAGUAGCAGCAGUAGCAGUAGCUCACAGCAGAGUGUCUUCUUCCAUCGGGACCCGACCAGUACAUCCAGCAUGGAUCGCGGAAUCUCCAUUGAGACACCUACUACCUUCUUCGUGCGUGGCGAGAGACCCGAGGGACGACGAAUCGUGGAUACCCUCCGCGGUCCCCGCCAUGAAUGCACAGCGUACGAAGACAUUAUCGCUCCCACAUGCAAAUGCGAUAUCUGCGAUAAGCGGAACGAGCUCGGGAUCAUGCGCUGUGUCGAUUGCGGGUGGCAGAGCUGUCGGCCAUGUAUCCAGCGAUGGAGACCUAGGGGGAGAGGCAAUGGCAGCGGUAGCGAGGAUGCAGCCGCUCGCAAUGCCAAUGACGACGAUGACAACGACCGCCGUAGUUCUACCAUUUCGGCAGCAGGAGAGCACGACGGAGAAACCGAGAGCGUGCUCGAAGGCGCCAAUGCCCUCAUGCAGCUUCAUCGGGAGACCCUAGCGGUUCUUGACAAACUGGAUAACGGAACUCUGACCAUGCCUAGUGAAGGACCGCCCAGCCCCGAAGGUCAUCAGCAACAGCAGCGUAGUGACGGCCCGCAUUCUGCCAUUGCUGGUCCUAGUACUAAAGCUGCGGUACCCCUAACGCAAACUGACAAGUUACAGAUGAUGGACGUCUCCAUGCAGUCUGGUUCGGCCAUGGACAAGAACAAUGAUACCCAUGGUCGCCAGUUCAACACGCGUCGACGUGCAAAUGCUCUGGUCUGGAACUGGUUGGGCACUUGGCAUUAA